AUGCUCAUGCGCUGCGUGAUUUUCCUCGGACUGGAUAAGCUGCGUCUCCCGCGGCCGCAAUGGCAUUCCAUUGGCCAUCGAAGCCCCGCCUCGUCCGGCGCGAAGUUCGGGAAACCGCCUCCCGACGACGAUGCCUUCAGCUCAACCCUCAACAUUGACUUUUCCGCGCAAUCGGCGAGUGAGGCGGCGUCCGUUUUAUUGGUCGCCACCACGCGGGGGUGUCUUGUGUUGCGCGGUCUCGCCGCGUGCGUUCUCGCGUUCUUCUUCCACAUUUUAUUCGGGAUUCGCUAUUUUGUUCUUGUGCACGUCUUUUUGUUUGGCAGUUUUGCCUUUUUCGUCCUGUUCCUUCCGCAACGCGUUUUUAUUGAACAGAUGGGGCGGCUGUGGAAGUUGGCGCUGCUUACGAUGCUUCUGGUUGGGCUGUUUAAUAAUAUGACGAUGGAUAUUUUGACGAUUCGCGAUACGGUAAAGCGAACCACAACGUCGGUAGUCCUUGGGAGCAAUUUUAUCAAUCCCGAACACGGGGGGAGUAGUGGUGGGGCGGCCUCCACGACUACACGGCGCGCACCCACUUCCAACCCUGACCUCCCAACGGAGGGAGAUAUCCGAACGCGGAGUGGUGACGAGGCCCUUGCCCCAUUCUCUCCUUCGGCGGAUAUCCUCAGCUUCUCACAGGGUUCUACAAAAGGUGCGGUCAAUUCAACCUGGAAAGACGAUCCCACGAUUUGGACGAAUCCCCACGACUUGUCCUUUGAAGCGGAUGCGGUCUCGACCUCGCUCGAUGAUAUUCUGAACCGUAUUUAUGCCAAACAUCGAAACGGGAUUCGGGACUUCGCCUACGGCUUUGCGCAGUCCUUUUUACUUCAAAAGUUGGGUGUUAUUUUUAACCAAACCAACACCACGGAGCUCGAGGCGGAUUUACGACUGUGGCUAUCCCAAUGGUCCGAAACCCCCGAGAAGGACUCCGGGUUCGAUCCUGCCCGAUGGAAUGCCGUCAACGCGACGACAUCGGGCGCGCGGAAAUCCCAUUCGAUGUUUAAAGGCCGCCCUGGCGGGCGGUCUUGGUGGGGCCAACUGCCCUUUCAGCUCUUGAAUACUUUUUUGGGCCGCACUAAUCGGUCAUCGGCCUUCCCUUCCGCGAUGGAUAACCACCCCCUCGGGGGUUCGACAAACGCAUCGGAGGUUCAUGGGGAGGACGAUCCUUCCACGGGCCCUUCCCCCCCUUCCCUCGAGACUAUCCCCUGGUCGGGGAUUUUGCGCUUGAUGACGCUGCAAAUUCUCCCCCUUAUUGAGCAUUUUGUGAAGAUUCUGGUGACGCUUGGGGCGAACUUUCUGAAUUUCACUGAUACCAUUUACGCCUUGAUUCUUUCGGUUCUUUUAUUUCGCUAUUUCACGCAGCUCGAGUACUCCCUGCUGUAUUAUGCGAUUCUGAAGGUUUUGGUGGUGGUGCAGCCCGAGCGCUGCGAGGCUCGCGCCCGCCGCAUCGAGCGCGAGAUCACGGUAUCCUUUACCACCCUUUUGGAGUCGUUUUGGCAUCUCAUUUGGUACCACUUCGCGAUUACCUUUACGAUGUUCAAAUAUUGGGGUCUCCCGACCCCUUUUUUCUGCGGUCUUCUUGCGGUGCUUUUGGUUCUCUUCCCCCUCACCCCCAAGUGGCUGAACCCGUGUUUGAUUGCCCUGGUCGUUUUGACAGCCCAGGCCCUUGCGGACGGGGGGAUGGUGGGGGUUCUAGGGGAUCGCCGCGUUCUCGGCUUCUUCGCCGCCGUUGUGGUGGAUUAUCGCGAUGAUUGGCUUUUGCAGGUCACCAAAGGGCCGCGCCGGGAUCCGCUGAGCGGUAAACUUCACUACGAAAGUAAACAUUUGCCCCCUUUUGUCGUCGGGACGAUGGUCGUUCUGGGGUUCGUGGCGUACGGGGCGGUCGGGAUAUUGUUGGGGCCCUUGACCGCAAUUAUCGCCAAGGUAUUUUUCGAUAAUUGGGAUCUCGAGUUGAUGAACUCGCCCUCGCUUCGGGGAUCCGUCUUGGACGAGCCCACGAGCCCUGCACAGGAAAAGGAUCGCUGA